ACAUUAUUUGACUCACAGGUUCUUUUACCCACAAGUUGUCGUCUUGGAAGAGGAAAGGAAAGAGCUGUCAAAUGCUGUGUGAAUUCAAGAACUCAGUGGACAAUGGAAAAGGUUUCUGACUUGGGGAAUCUGGAUGAAGAGGGAUAUACUCAAUUAGACUUCAGCACUCAAUGCACCACCAGGAAACCUGUGUUCUCUGAGAAAGGAAUUCAUGCAGCACCUCUUCAUUGGCGAUGUAUUGCUGUGAUUUUGGGCAUCCUGUGCUUGGCAUUGCUGGUGAUAGCUGUGGUCCUGGGUACUAUGGCUAUUUGGAGAUCCACUUCAGGGAGAAACCCAUUGGAGAAUGAUGAUUUAUCAUCAAGAAAUAAAGAGACCCACCACCAACCCACUCAGUCAUCUUUAGACAAGAAUGUAACUCCUAUCAAGACUCUUGCAUCCACAGUUCAUUAUAGUUCCUGUCCCCCUAACUGGAUCACAUAUAAGAACAGCUGUUAUUUAUUAGGAACAUCAAUGGAUUCCUGGGAAGGAAGUAAAAGACAAUGUUCUCUACUGGGUUCUAAUCUUCUGAAGAUAGACAACUCAGAAGAAUUGGAAUUUAUAAGAAGACAGGUGUCUCUCCGUCCUCAUCAUUCAUUUUGGAUAGGGCUUUCUCGCUCUCAAACUGAAGGACCAUGGCUUUGGGAAGAUGGUUCGCCUGUUUUCCCUAAUUUGUUUCAAGUACAAAACACAGUUCCCCAGGGCAGCACAUCUCAUUACUGUGUAUGGAUCCAUGUGUCAAUCAUUUAUGAUCAACUUUGUAGUAUUCCAUCAUUUAGAAUUUGUGAGAAGAAGCUGCCAGUGUAAUAGUAUGUUGGGGUUGGCUUGGAAGCUCAGAGAAGUAGGAAGUGGACAGGAAACAAGAGCUAAGAAAAACACCUGAAGGCAAAAUAAGAGCUGAAAGUUUCAGAAGUGUUCAGUUAGCGUUAAUGUCAGUUGAGAAACAGAAAGACUGAGUUGUAUACUCAUCACCUCCACUGACAGGUCUGUAUUAAGUUCUAGUUACUAGGAUUCUGGACAUGGAGUCAAGGCAACUGAGCUCCAGUUUUCAUUCUUCCAUUGAUUUGGCAUUCACCCAGGCUUUGCAACAAAUCCCCGGUGCUUAAGGUUAUCUCAUUUUCUGGUUCUACCAGAAUUGGGUUUUUAUUCUCAAAAAGUGUCACUGAAGUAUACAUGCUGUCUUUCUAUGAUUUGUUCUUCUACUUCUAGAAGUCUAUCAAGAUACCAAAGGCCCCAGCUUAAGGAUCUUGGUUCGACCCCCCACCUCCCCACCUGCAGGGGAGUUGCUUCACAAGCGGUGAAGCAGGUCUGUAGGUGUCUGUCUUUCUCUCCCCCUGUCUUCCCCUCCUCUCUCCAUUUCUCUGUGUUCUAUCUAACAAUGACGACAUCAAUAAAAACAACAAUAAUAACUACAACAACAAUAAAAAAAAACAAGGGCAACAAAAGGGAAAAUAAAUAAAUAUAAAAUUUUUUUAAAAAGAUACCAAAGGCCAAAUGUGUUUCUGAAUAACUUAAUACAGAAUUGAAGAAAAGCCUUUACAACAGGACAGGGGUAGACAGCAUAAUGGUUAUGCAAAGAAACUCUCAUGCCUGAAGCUCCAAAAUUCCAGGUUCAAUUCCCUGUAUACUACCAUAAGCCAGAGCUGAGCAUUGCUCUGUUAAAAAAAAAAAAUUUAAAAAAACUUUAUUUUUUCAUCCAGAUGAACAUAAUUAUGUUCAAAAGACUCAUGCAAAAGCAGCUUGUCUUUUUUUUCAUAGGCCAGGGAAUAUGUCUGCUACAUCUGUAACUAACAGAAUCUUAUAUACUGUGAAAUUUCAGGAAAACUACCCUUACAGAGAAUUUUUCUAAAGGGCCAUAUUAUCAUGUAUAAGGACCCUGGUUCAAGCUCCCAGCUUCCUGCCUGCAGGAGUGGAUUCUUCAAACACAGUGAAACAGGUCUACAGGUCUCUAACCACUUUUCUCCUUCUCUAUCUCCCCCACCUAUCUCAACUCCUCAGUAUCCUAUCAAAUAAAAUUUAAAAAAAAAUGGGGAGAGGGUAGGAAAAUGGCCACCAAGAGCAAUGAGUUCAUAGUGCAGGCACUGAGCCCAAGCAAUAUCUCUGGUGGCAAUAAAAAAGAAAAAUUGAAAGUAUUCUUGAGGUGGUUCAGUGGUAGAACACAUGUGUUGCAUGCAUGAGACUCUGGUUUUGAUGCCCAGCAUAGCAUAAGAUUGUGUGGUGUUACGGGCUCCUUAUCCAGAUAAAUAAUAAUAACACAAAAAGUGAAAUCUGAAAAUAUUUAACUUCAUUUUAUUUAUUUUAGAGAGAGAGAUUGAAGCUUCUUCAGUCCAGUGGGAGAUGAGCUCAAACCUGGGUUGUACAAAUGGCAAAGCAGCGCACAAGUGAACUAUUUCACCAGUUCUGAAAAAUAUUUUAAAUGUCAGUAAUUAAAAAACAUAUAUCUGCUGGAAUUGGGGCAGUAGCACAGCAGGUUAAGUGCAUGUGGCACAAAGCGAAAGGACCAGGAGUAAGGAUCCGGGUUACAGCCACCUGCAGAGGGUCAAUUCGCAAGCUGUGAAGCAUGUCUUCAGGUGUCUGUCUUUCUCUCCCCCUCUGUCUUCCCCUCCUCUCUCCAUUUCUCUCUGUCCUAUCCAACAAUGAACAACAUCAACAAUAACAAUAAUAACCACAAUAAGGCUACAACAAGGGCAACAAAAGUGAGGGGGAAUGGCCUGCAGGAGCAGUGGGUUCAUGGUGCAGGCAAUAACCCUGGAGGCAAAUAUAUAUAUAUUUGCUAAAUAAUCUAAAAAUAAUAAUAUUUAAAGAAUAAUCAAUACUAUCAACAUUUUGGAAUGUGAAACAUGCUUUAUUAUUUUCCUACUUAGCAUUUUCAGUUUUCUCCAAUUCUUUAGUAGUUACUGCAACAAGAUAUUAUUGGAACAUGACUAUGUUUCCUCAUGUGAUGAUCUAUCUCAUUUUUUCAGACUUUCCCACUGGUGCUGUUUUUAUUUCCAGUGGCUAUUUUCACAUUACUUGGCAGGUAUUUAUAAUCUCCCAGUGUUUAUUAGUAUAUGAACAGAAAUUGGGUCAAGUUCACCAAGUUGUUUCUUUCAAAGUCGUUAAUUUUGUGUUAUGUGAAUUUUGCUUUAAUAAAAAAUGCUUAUCAAAUAAA